UCCCAAAAGCGGGAAGGCAGGCGACAUGGUCCAAAAUAAGCAUAUAGAAACGCUAAGGGAAACGCUUCUAUUGAACAGAUUUAGGCGAGAGUGAACCCUCUCGUUUCGCCUCUUCCUCUCUGGUUUUUGCUGCGGCCACCCAAUGGCGGCGACCCAGAAUCAGAGAAGACAAAAAAUGCCCGACAAGACAUUUAGCUAUAUGAAUAGCAAAACCGCAGAGAGCCUAAACUGCUCAACUAUUUAGCGUUUUCUUAAUUCUAUGGAAACGUAUUUUGAGAGCGGAAUUGGUACGGAAAUCAAAAUGCCUUGUCAAAAUCAGCAGCUGAACAACAAUGACAGACAAGAACACGCGGCAAUGAGCAGCACCAAGCAGGUUCGGUUUGCUAGCUGCGGAAACAGCGUUCUGACAGAGUCCAAUAGAGAUGCAGAAGUAGCCGAAACUUGUGAAAAUGUAUUCAACAGUGAACUACAGAGGCAGAUCGGAUCGCAAUUAAAACUGCUUCCUUUGAAUGACCAAAUACGAGAAUUACAGACCAUCAUUAGAGACAAGUCUACUAGCAGGGGAGAUUUUGUAUUUUGUGCUGAUAGAUUGAUCAGACUAGUGGUUGAAGAGGGACUCAAUCAGCUGCCAUACAGCGAGUGUACAGUGACCACUCCCACAGGGCAUAAAUAUGAUGGUGUCAAGUUUGAAAAAGGCAACUGCGGUGUCAGCAUUAUGAGAAGUGGCGAGGCCAUGGAGCAGGGCCUCAGAGACUGCUGCCGGUCCAUCCGUAUCGGUAAGAUCCUAAUCCAGAGUGACGAGGACACCCAGAAGGCCAAAGUCUACUAUGCAAAGUUCCCCCCAGACAUCAGCAGGAGGAAAGUCCUCCUCAUGUACCCCAUUCUCAGUACAGGUAACACAGUGAUUGAGGCUGUGAGAGUUCUGACUGAACAUGGUCUUCAGCCCAAACAUAUUAUCCUCCUGAGUCUCUUCUCCACCCCUCACGGUGCCAAAUCCAUCAUUCAAGAGUUCCCAGAAAUCACCAUAUUGACCACCGAGGUGCACCCUGUGGCUCCCACACACUUUGGCCAGAGAGUGAGUUUGAGGUUGGAAUGUAUCAUCUUUGUAUGGGAAGAAGAGUCAUCUUCACAUAUGCCUGCCUGGCCCAAAUGCUGUUGAGACAAACAAGUUACUAGCUAAUAACCACAAAGAAGUAAAGGUUUGGAACAUAUUCCUCAUAUCAUGCAAACACUUAGAAUAAAACAUUAUUGAUACUGACAGAGAAGUCCCUCACCAGAUUCUACCAAUCCCACUUCAUAGAAUGUCUUUCUCCCUAUGACUCACUGGCUCUGUUAUUGACAUCAGGGAGGUCUCUCAGAGGUGCUGAAAUCAUACAAUAGAUCAAAUGUCAAUACUCCAAACACAGACAGAAACAACACAAUACCUCUGCAAACACAUUUCAGUCCCCCAGUUCCUUGUUUUCUGAGAAAUUAUUAUGCACUUUGUCAAGCACUCACCAUGACAAACCUUAUGGCCACUAGGUAGCACUACACCUGCACAUGUUCUGGUGGCCUGGCAUGAUUUUCAUGCACAUUACAUUGUGUUGAAUGUCAUUCUUAAGUCUAAGUGGCAAGGAUAGAGAGCAUGAUUGUUUUGAAUCAUCAGUCGCCAGUUCAUCAUGCACUGUGACAAUUUGACUUCUAAGGAGUCUUAUCUGUCUGGGAUAAAGUUAGAGGAAAAUAACCACUUAAUCAAAUUAAGAGUGUACUUUCCAAGAGCUCAGAGAGAAGGAGCCGUCUCAUCCACAGACCAUUUAGCAAGGCUGCCUGUCAUCAUACUAACCAACCUAUCCUAUUUCAGGACUGCUUAUUACAUGUAGAUUACCAAUAGGUACACCAGUGAACGAACAUGUGGUGUGUCUUUACAAUGAUUGAGUGAGUACCCGUAAUUAGUUUAUAUCAAUACGUACCUCACAAGUCAAUGAGUGAGUGUGGUUGUUACUGGACUGCUGGUAGUCAUACACUUAGGUUGAUGAAUUAGACAUUAACAACGGACAUGAUGAUUUCCCAAAACAAGGGAUCAGAUUCAAUCAAGACAAAAGCCCAUAAGAAUAGCUUUAAAUAUCUUUUAUAUGCUUUUAUAUCAAGUCAUUUUUUGGUUCCGUGACCACCACCAAGGUAUGUCGUCAUUGUCAGCGCAACUAGUCUCUUAGGUUUCUACCAAGUACUGUAUUAGCCAUUAAAUCAGGGAGAAAAGCAUAACUUCCAGUUGCCAUAGACACCUAGAAACUGUUUACUAUAUUAUCCUUCCUAUUGCUACAAGGGCUCACUAAAUGUAGAAGCCAUUCACCCAAUCACCGGCAGAUGAACAGUAGCUGGUUAUGUAAUCCUCAGGGGUGAGGCACCACAGAUCUCUUUGCUGGAAAGUGUUCGGCACCUCCCCAAGAUGUCCAUCUACAUUAAUUGCCUUGGAUUGGUUGCAGUAAAUGUGAAGUGUUUUAUUCUAUUCUAAUGACUGGGACGGUUUCUCAAAAGCAUCUUAGGGUUAAGGUCAUUGUUAGAGCUACAUGGUUCUAAUGAUGAACUUAGCCUUAAGAUGCUUUUGGGAAACCGGGCCCAGAGUAUCACCUUGGAUUCCCCUGGCCUGCUGGGCUCGACUUACCCAAGCUCUCCUCUUCAGAUCCUGCCUCCCUCUCCCUCCACACCUCAUUAGCUACAGUGCCUUGCGAAAGUAUUCGGCCCCCUUGAACUUUGCGACCUUUUGCCACAUUUCAGGCUUCAAACAUAAAGAUAUAAAACUGUAUUUUUUUGUGAAGAAUCAACAACAAGUGGGACACAAUCAUGAAGUGGAACAACAUUUAUUGGAUAUUUCAAACUUUUUUAACAAAUUUAAAAACUGAAAAAUUGGGCAUGCAAAAUUAUUCAGCCCCCUUAAGUUAAUACUUUGUAGCGCCACCUUUUGCUGCGAUUACAGCUGUAAGUCGCUUGUGGUAUGUCUCUAUCAGUUUUGCACAUCGAGAACUUGUUCUCAACUAGCCUACCUGGUUAUACAGGGAGUAUCAGUGCCGAGUUGAUGUGCAGGGGUACGAGGUAAUUGAUAUAGCUACAUUACGUACUGUACAUAUAUGGGGCGGCUCCCGAGUGGUGCAGCGGUCUAAGGCACUGCAUCUCAGUGCUAGAGGUGUCACUACAGACCCUGGUUCGAUUUCAGGCUGUAUCACAACCAGCCGUGAUUGUGAGUCCCAUAGGGCAGCGCACAAUUGGCCCAGGGUCGUCCGGUUUAGGGUUUGGCCGGCGUAGGCAGUCAUUGGAAAUAAGAAUUUGUUCUUAACUGACUUGCCUAGUUAAAUAAAAAAUAUAUAGGUAGAGGUAAAGUGACUAUGCAACAGGAUAGAUAAGACAGUAGCAGCAGCGUAUGAGGUGAGUGUGUGUGGCGUCAGUAUGCAUUUCUGUGUGUUUGUUAUGUGUUCGGGGUGCUGGGGUGUCAGUGUAAGUAUGUGUGAGUGUAUGGGUAGACUCCAGUGGGUGUAUCCAUUUGAUUAACUAUUUAGCAGUCUUGUUUAGCAGUUUGUAGGGGUAGAAGCUGUUCACGGUUCUGUUGGUUCCAAACUUGGUGCACUGGUACCGCUUGCCGUGCAGUAGCAGAGAGAACAGUCUAUGGCUUGAGUGGCUGGAGUCCUUGACAAUUUUUGGGGCCUUCCUCUGACACUGCCUAGUAUAGAGGUCCUGGAUGGUAGGGAGCUCGGCCCCUCUCGCCACCCUCUGCAGUGCCUUGCAGUUGUCGUACCAAGCAGUGGUGCAGCCAGUCAAGAUGCUCUCAUUGGUGCAGCUACAGAACUUUUAGGAUCUGAGGACCCAUGCCAAAUGUUUUCAGCCUCCUGGGGGGGAAGAAGUGUUAAUUCCUUAGUGAUGUGGACAUCGAGGAUCUUGGAGCACUCGACCCGCUCCACUACAGCCCCAUCAAUGUGGAUGGGGGUGUGCUCGCCCCUCUGUUUCGUGUUGUUCAUGAUCAGCUCCUUGGUCUUGCUGACAUUGAGGGAGAGGUUGUUGUCCUGGUACUACAAUGCCAGGUCUCAGAACCUUCCCCCUCCCUCGUCGUCGUGAUCAAGCCCUCCACCGUUGUGUCAUCAGCAAACUAGAUAAUGGUGUAGGAGUCGUGCGCGGCCUCACAGCUGUGGUUGAACUGGGAGUUCAGGAGGAGACUAAGCACACACCCCUGAUGGGUCCCAAGUUGAUAGUCAGGUUGGCGGACGUGUUGUUGUCUAUCCUCACCGCCUGGGGGCGGCCCAUCAGGAAAUCUAGGAUCUAGUUGCAGAAGGUGGUGUUCAGUCCCAGGGUCCUGAGCGUGGAGGGGACUGUGGUGUUGAAUGCUGAGCUGUAGUCAAUGAACAGCAUUCUUACAUAGGUAAACCUUUUUUCCAGGUGGGUGAGGCCAGUGUGGAGUGCAAUAAAGAUUCCAUCGUCUGUGGAUCUGUUGGGGCGGUAUGCGAAUUGGAUUGGGUCCAGGGUGUCUGGGAUGACGGUGUUGAUGUGGGCCAUGACCAGGCUUUCAAAGCAUUUCAUGGCUAUAGGUGUGAGUGCUACGGGGCAAUAGUCAUUUAGGCAGGUUACCUUGGCAUGGGGACUAUGGUGUUCUGCUUGAAACAAUAAUUACAGACCGUGUCAGGGAUAGGUUGAACAUUUCAGUGAAAACACUUGCCAGCUGGUCAGCGCAUGCUCGGAGUACGCGUCCUAGUAUUUCGUCUGGCCCGUGGCCUUGAGAAUGCUAACCCGUUUAAAGGUCUGACAUCGCUACGGAGAGCGAGAUCCCAAAGUCAUCCGGAACAGCUGGUGCUCUCAUGCAUGGUUCAGUGUUGCUUGCCUCUAAACGAACAUAGAAGGCAUUUAGCUUGUCUGUUAGGCUUGCGUCACUUGUCAGUUCGUGGCUGGGUUUCCCAUUGUAAUCUGUGACAGCAAGCUUUAUUUCAUUUCUUGAUUCAAUUAUUAUGUCAUACUGUAAGGUGUAAUGGAGGGAUAUAGCUGUAAAUAAAAAUCAGUACGAUGCAAGAAAACUAACUGCAUAUCUAACUGCAUACUUUUGGCCCUAAUAGCCAAGCACACCUUGAGAAGGUAAGAAUGAACCAGGGCAUCUUAUCUUCUCCAAACACCUGGAGGAAGUUCUCCAAGAGCCCAAUGUUGAAGCCAUUCCUCUCAGGAAAGAAAGGAGCAGAGUGGCCCUGAGGGAGGGGAAGAGAACGGAAAGAAGACGAUGAAGACAAACACACCGUUCCAUAAAACAACACCCAAACCUCUGCAUGUUGUGAACCGAUAAGAAUAUGUAAAAAAUCUAUAGCAUGCUUAAAACAUCUUUGAUUCAGCUAAAUGUUUAUAUCACAUAUCAAGCUGCAGUUGAGUGUAGCUGUAAAGGCAGAACACUCUGGGUAUUUAUACUUACCCAAUGUAGAUUUGUUCCUGGCCACCAGUCAGCAGUGGUACCCAAACAGGAACAGAGUCACCAAGAACAUCAGAGCUACCAGCAUGAGGAAGAGAACAUGUAACUUAGCAGGCCUAUUAGGGAGCCCCCUCAGAGUGAGAAACAGAGGGAGAAAGAGAAGAGAAAAAAGAAAGAGCCAUUAAGACGACAACACAGAGCCGUAGAUGGAUAUUAAUGCAACGGUUGCUCUGCCUUCAGACAAACAUCCUCCAAUCACUCGCCACCCAGUACUUAAAAAUAAAAUAGAGUAACACUGUUGCAGGUGAGGAACGGCAGAAAGAACUUGGAGAAUCCUACGCAGUUGUUCAACCUGGGGAUAAAACAGGAGUGAGAGAGGUGACAAACAGUGAAAUUACAAUGAAUGACUUCCUCUGCAGUUUGAGUUUCUAAUAGCAUUCUGGAAUUACACUAUAUAUACAGAAGUAUGUGUACACCCCUUCAAAAUAGUGGAUCCUGCUAUUUCAGCCACACCUGUUGCUGACAGGUGUAUAAAAUCAAGCACACAUCCAUGCAAUCUCCAUAGACAAACAUUGGCAGUAGAAUGGAGAGCUCAGUGACUUUCAACAAUGCACCUUCAUAGGAUGCCACCUUUCUAACAAGUCAGUACGUCAAAUUUCUGCCCUGCACUGUAAGUGCUGUUAUUGUGAAGUGGAAACGUCUAGGAGCAACAAUGGCUCAGCCACGAAGUUGUAGGCCACACAAGCUCACAGAACGGGACCCCCAAGUGCUGAAGCGCAUAGCGUGUAAAAAUUGUCUGUACUCGGUUGCAACACUCAAACCAAGUUCCAAACUAUCACUAGAAGCAACAUCAGCACAAGAACUGUUCGUCGGGAGCGUCAUGAAAUGGGUUUCCAUGGCCGAGCAGCUGCACACAAGUCUAAGAUCAUCAUAUGCAAUGCCAAGCAUCGGCUGGAGUGGUGUGAAGCUCGCCGCCAUUGAACUCUGGAGCAGUGAAAACACGUUCUCUGGAGUGAUGACUCACGUUUCACCAUCAGUCUGAUGGACGAAUUUGGGUUUGGCGGAUGCCAGGAGAAUGCUACCUGCCUGAAUACAUAGUGCCAACUGUAAAAUUUGGUGGAGGUAGAAUAAUGGUCUGGGACUGUUUUUCAUAGUUUGGGCUAGGCCCUUCCGUUCCAGUAAAGGGAAAUCUUAACGCUACAGCAUACAAUGACAUUCUAGAUGAGUAAAGCCAGUGUGUCUAUGUAUACGGAUGACUCAUCACAAUACAAGUCAGCUAGUACAGCGACUGAAAUGACUGCAACCCUUAUAGGACUGCAGUUAGUUUCAGAAUGGGACUAUUUAGAACUAUAAAAAAAAAAAAAAAAAAGCAUUGUAUUUGGGACAAAAUCAUUCACUAAACCUGAAUUAAAUCUUGUAAUGAAUAAUGUGGAAAUUGAGCAAGUUGAGGUGACUAAACUGCUUGGAGUAACACUAGACUGUCAAAUCAAAUGUAUUUAUAUAGCCCUUCUUACAUCAGCUGAUAUAUCAAAGUGCUGUAGAGAAACCCAGCCUAAAACCCCAAACAGCAAGUAAUGCAGGUAUAGAAGCAUUGUAUUCUGUCAUGGUCAAAAUAUAUUAAUACAACAGUAGCUAAGAUGGGGAGAAGUCUGUCCAUAAUAAAGCGCUGCUCUACCUUCUUAACAGCACUAUCAACAAGGCAGGUUCUACAGAUUCUCCAAGUUCUUUCUGCUGUUCCUCACCUGCAACAGUGUUACUCUAUUUUAUUUUUAAGUACUGGGUGGCGAGUGAUUGGAGGAUGUUUGCCUGAAGGCAGAGCAACCGUUGCAUUAAUAUCCAUCUACGGCUCUGUGUUGUCGAUUUCAAGUCUCAUAGCAAAGGGUCUGAAUACUUAUGUGAAUAUGGUAUUUUUUAUUUUUUUUAUACAUUUGCUAAAAAUCUGGUUUUGCUUUGUCAUAACUGGGGUAUAAUGUGUAGAUUGAUGAGGGAAAAAAUGUAUUUAAUCCAUUUUAGAAUAAGACUAACAUAAAAUGUGGAAAAAGUCAAGGGUCUGAAUACUUUCCCGAAUGCACUGGUAUUAUGACAUACUGGAGCCAGUACAAAGUAUAAACAUUUCAUAUAUACACUGAACAAAAAUAUAAAACACAAUAUGUAAAGUGUUAUUCCCAUGUUUCCUGAGCUGAAAUAAAAGAUCCCAGAAAUGUUCCAUACGCACAAAAAGCUUAUUUCUCUCAAAUGAUGUGCACACAUUUGUUUACAUCCCUGUUAUUGAGCAUUUCUCCUUUGAAGGAAAGCCAUCCACCUGACCUAUCCAGACAAGCCAUCCACCUUAUCCAGGUGUGAUAUAUCAAGAAGCAGAUUAAACAGCAUGAUCCUUAAUUACACAGAUGCACCUUGUCCUGGGGACAAUAAAAGGGCACUAACAUGUACAGGUGUCACACAACAGAAUGCCACAGAUAUUUCAAGUUUUCAGGGAGUCUGCAAUUGGCAUGAUGACUGCAGGAAUGUCCACCAGAGCUGUUGCCAGAGAAUUUAAUAUUAAUUUCUCUACCAUACGCUGUACCAUAUGCUGUUUUAGAGAAUUUGGCAGUAUGUCCAACCGGCCUCACGACCGCAGACCAUGAGUAAAAAUGCCAGCGCAGGACCUCCACAUCCAGCUUCUGCACUUGCAGGAUCGUGGAGAGACCAGCCACCCAGACAGCUGAUGAAACUAAGGAUUAUUUUUGUCUGUAAUAAAGCCCUUUUGUGGCAAAAAAACAAAUUCUAAUUGGCUGGGCCUGGCUCCCCAGUGUGUGGACCUGGCUCCCAAGUGGGUGGGCCUAUGCCCUCCCAGGCCCACCCAUGGCUGCACCCCUGCACAGUCAUGUGAAAUCCAUAGACUAGGGCCUAAUUCAUUUAUUUCAACUGUAUGAUUUCCUUAUAUGAACUAUAACUCCGUAAAAUCGUUGAAAUUGUUGCAUGUUGCGUUUAUAUUGUUUGUUCAGUAUAAAUGUUACUGGGUUUGCUACUAUAAAGAACUCAACUGACAAUUCAUAUUUACCCAAAAUGUUAUUUAUUGGUGUCUUUGGGAUAACUUCCAAUAUAACAUUUGAGUAAAUACCUGGUCUUUUCUGUAAAAUAAAGUGCUACCAAGUCCCUUUGAACUGUAAAGAAUGUCCUUAAUACAAAAACCAAACAUUCCUAUGUAGCCAUUCAACAGUCAAUGUGAAGAGAUAAUAGUACACGUUUAAGGAUUUGAUCUAAUGAAAAGGUAUUGUUGCUAAUGAUACUAUAACAAGACUGUCACAUCUUUAAUGCUCCCGAAAGCAAAUUAAGUUCCAGGUUAUACAGUCACAUCACAAGAUUUAAAACAUGUCAGAUGUCAAUGAAGGCAAGGUGUGUUGAUUGUUUCUGUAAAAAACAUUACGCAGGUCUGCCUGUUCAGAAUCCUUGAGGUUAUUUCAAGUCAGGUUCCUACUUCAAAAUAGACCAGGAAGAGAUAUGUAAUACAUAUUGCAUCAACCACCC